CUGGGCUUGAUUCCUGGGGCGGGGAGCACUCUCCCCGACCGCCGCCCCAGGAGGGAGAGAGAUGGACGUGUUGACGGGUGGGAGGCCUGCGUGCCACUGGCCUCCCCGCCCAGCGCACACUGAGCGCGCCAGGCUUCCCUGGCCCCGGGCAGGGGCCGGUGCCGGUGCGGUGCCACACCAAGAGCCUGCUGCCUUCUCAGGACGCUGGCAGGUCGGCACCGAGCGGAGGCGAGCGCGCGCAGCUGAUCUCAGCGAGGAGGUGGGCGGCGACCCAUCCCUUUAGGAUCCGUCCAGUCUCUGAGCGCGCCUCAUUUUCCGGUGGCAUGGGAAAGCCCCCGCAAGCGGCGCGUAUUUCAGUCCGGCCGAGCCCUCACUAAGUCCCAAUUGCAACUGGAGAGCCCCCGCCCCCCACCCCCCAGCACAACCUGCCAAUCACCGCGAGUGCGCAGACUGCGCUGGCCCGGUUGGCCAAAAACUGCGAGGGUAGAGAGGCGCCGGCAGGUUGGGAGGCGCUGGGAGCCCUCUCCAGCGACCGCGCGGUGCGUCGCUGCGCGCGGGGCUCUGCUCCUAAGCGCCGAGGAAAGGCAGCGGCUCAGAGCAACAGGUGCAGCCCGAAGCCACUCCCGGGACGAGGGAAACGACCUACAGGGGUUCGGAGCCGGUAAGGCGCAGAGAGGGUUCUCUACCCCGAGGGCUGCACGGGCAGGUCCCUCCUCCUCGGCUCUGUUGCCACUCAACGGGCGGUGGUGCUUGGGUAGGGGGAUUCCCGCCUCUUGGGACAGCUGCCCGGGUCGAGAAGGUCCAGAUUCUGCCCGCGCCCCUCUCCGGCGGCUCCGUACAAAAAGACGGUGCCCCUAGGCACAGGCUCCGGGGCGCGUGCCCGUCAGGGAGACUCAGGCUCGGAAACUCGCGCUCUGCGUGCCAAGGCUGGGAUCUCGCGCCCUCCCGGCUCCCUCCUUCCCCGGCCCGCACCUCUCCCUGCGCGCCCUGGGCGACCCCGUGGGCCAUGGAGCUGGCGGCCGGGAACCUCAGCGAGGGGAACGCGAGCUGGCCCGAACCCCCGACCUUGGAGCCCAGGCCGCUUUUUGGCAUCGGCGUCGAGAACUUCAUCACGCUGGUGGUUUUCGGCCUGAUCUUCGCACUCGGCGUGCUGGGCAACAGCCUGGUGAUCACCGUGCUGGCGCGCAGCAAGCCGGGGAAGCCUCGCAGUACCACCAACCUGUUCAUCCUCAACCUGAGCAUCGCCGACCUGGCCUACCUGCUCUUCUGCAUCCCCUUCCAGGCUACGGUGUACGCUCUGCCUACCUGGGUUCUGGGAGCCUUCAUCUGCAAGUUCAUCCACUACUUCUUCACAGUGUCCAUGCUGGUCAGUAUCUUCACCUUGGUGGCGAUGUCGGUGGACCGCUAUGUGGCCAUCGUGCACUCUCGGCGCUCCUCCUCCCUGCGGGUGUCCCGCAACGCGCUGCUGGGCGUGGGCUUCAUCUGGGCAUUGUCCAUCGCCAUGGCCUCCCCGGUGGCCUACCACCAGCGCCUCUUCCACCGUGGCGUCGGCAACCAGACCUUCUGCUGGGAGCAGUGGCCCAACCAGCGCCACAAGAAGGCCUACGUGGUGUGCACCUUCGUCUUCGGCUACCUGCUGCCGCUCCUGCUCAUUUGCUUCUGCUACGCCAAGGUCCUUAACCAUCUGCAUAAAAAGUUGAAGAACAUGUCAAAGAAAUCAGAGGCAUCGAAGAAAAAGACGGCACAGACGGUUCUGGUGGUGGUCGUGGUUUUUGGGGUCUCCUGGCUGCCACACCACGUGAUCCACCUUUGGGCUGAGUUUGGGGUCUUCCCACUGACCCCCGCCUCCUUCCUCUUCAGGAUCACGGCGCACUGCCUGGCGUACAGUAACUCCUCUGUGAAUCCCAUCAUUUAUGCGUUCCUCUCGGAAAAUUUCAGGAAAGCUUAUAAACAAGUAUUCAAGUGCCACAUUGGCAAGGAAUCCCCUCUUCAUGACACUAAAGAAAAUAAAAGUCGACUAGACACCCCACCAUCAACCAAUUGUACUCAUGUGUGAAAAAAGACAGACUUUUCUUAAUGUGGUAUUUCCAUACGUGGAUGAGACACAUGCAAAAAUGCAUUGAGGUAUUAGGCAAGGCAACAACUUAAUAGCCACUCAGAUUAUAUUAAGUAAAUUCCACUUGUGUUUAAAAAGUACUUUGAUCUAUCUGGAAAAUAGCUAGGUCUAGUGGAGAUUAUUUCUAAAUUUUAUUUUAUUUAUUUCUAAUUUCUAUUCCCCACACAAAAGAGAAUGAUGUAUUUUUAUACCCCUUAAGAAGUGAAAGUUCAAGAGAAUUCCAGAGAUAUAUUCAAUUCAUCAUAGGAAUAAGGACCUAUAAAGAUGGUCAGGAAUAUAUGUGACCUACAUUUUGAAGCAAAUUUAUUUAGAAAAUACUUUUAUGUUUCAGUUCUUCUAUUUUAAGAUGAAGGGUAAUGUUAUAAAGUAUGUGUUUUCAGAUAUGAUUAUGGACCCAUGAAAGUUUUCCCUAAACUUUAUUUUUGUGGCCACUUACAUACAGACACAUCUAAUUAAUGGAAAUAAGUUUAUUUUCACUGGCCACGUUUGCUCCCAGUUGUAAAUAGUGUACAGGGCUUCUGAGAUGUGCCGUGUCCAUCUGUGAUCACGAGGUCUAUUAAGUUUAUCUCAGGAGGUCCACAGAUGUUGCAGCUGUGAUCCUGGGGUGUUAGCCAUCGAGAUGUCAAAUAAAAACUCUCCUAUGAACUUGGUUUUUGUACAUCUGAGUAAAAAAAUAUCUGGGAAAAGCAACAUCUGCAACUAUUCUAAAGUGGAAGCUGGGAAUGAGUUUCUGAGAAUGAAACUGGGCAUUAAAAUUAUAAAUAUAUGUACUUGGCCAAGGUAAUUUGCUAUGCUUUGAAAGAAUUCUGCCCAAAAGAGAGAACUUUAAAAAUGUCAGUGAAGAUGAUGUGUAGAAAAUAAUUCCCAUGAAUUCAGAAUUCAGUAAGUCACAUGACAUAAUGGUCAUAUCACAUGAAGAAAGUGUACUAAAUGUUUGGUUCAGACAUGGUUUGAAGAAAACAAGUCUUGUGAAUGGAGAUACCGAGGGAUAUGUUAUCUCAGACAAACAUAUUUUUUUCAUUAAAUUGGUAAAAAUGUCUAAUGCUUUUACCCCAAAUAUAGUUCCAUCUGGAAAUGUUAAUUUGGUGUUCAAAUCAUCAUGACUUGAGUUUCAAGGGUAGUUUUGUGACAAUUUCAUAUUUAUUCAAGUUUACAACUAGAAAAGGGUAUAAAAAGACAAAAUAAUUCCAUAUUAAAAAUAGUUUUCAGACUGCAAGACUCUGAUAUAUUUUAGGACGAUACAAAAGCACACCAUUUUUUAAAAAAAGACUUUUGUGUAAUAUGUUUCUGUGUCCAAUCAGUAGUUCAUGUGAAACAUUUAAUUUUAGAUCAAAAAACCCAACUUGAUGGAAGCCGUUGCACGUUUACUUCUCUCGUUCAUGAAUUUAUUUUCACUAAUUGUAGUCCUCCAGCAAACAGCGUUUACAUCUGCCAUGGUAUAAACACUUCUCUGGGCAGGAGAAGAGCAAAUCGUCAGAGAGGAUGGGACCUCAUCAGCUUUUCCGUUUGAUGCCUAGGGAAAAAGUUCUGUAUGUGUAUGUGUAUUUUAAAGAACAGCAUAUGUCCUUUGCAUGGAAAAUUGUUUGCACUUUAUUCAGAUACAGCCGGAUAUAGCAGCAGAAACGCUUUAUCCCAUUGGCGAUACCUCAUGUGCUUUUCGAAACUUGAGCUGCCACUGGCAAUGCAAGACAGCCUCUGUGUGUGUGAACUUGCACAACUGCAGGAAGCUGUGCCUCCUGGUUGCCUCUGGGAUUGCAUGGGGGGAAGGCAGUGAUUUCCUGCACCAGAGCUGUUCUCAUGUUUCCCUCUUCUGAUUCCUAUGCACACGAAUGGAGUAUUAAAGCAAAUACAGUAGUGAAUAUUGCUAUUUUCUCAGAAGUCUUUGCCCAUCAAAUCUUGGUUCCUCCCAGAUGUUUCUGGUGGAGGACGGGACGCUGGAGGCACAGCCCUGCAGUGAUGGACUUGCCGAACCCAGGUGUGCCGAGUGCAAAUUCAGAUCGCUUCGUUUUAUAGUUAGAGAGGAUAUUCUUUCUGCUCAGUAUCAUUUUAAUCUGUUCCUUGUGUUCAGAGCUUUGAUUGCCAGCCCCUGUCACAGACUUUGCUGGGGGUUGGUCUGCAAAGAUGUAGAAGCCUAGUAGGUGAUGCUUCCUGGGUGAGGAGUUCCAGGACUUCACUGCUAUAAGGGCUUCAUUACCAGCCAGGGGUUAAGGAGGCUAUGAACUUGCCGGCCAUCUGCUUCCUGGGCUCUGCAUUCCUCCUGUGUCAUUAACGGGACCAGUUCAGAAAGAAGCACCUUCUCUUUCUUCACUGAAUAACUGAGGCCUCCCACCCCAACACCAGCCACCAGAUUCGAGGAGAGACAUCCAGUGCGCGUUUGAAGCCAGGCUGCUGGAAAGCCUUGUUUUUUAGUGAACUUCAAAGAAAACUGAUGCUUUCUCCUUAGGUUUGGCUGCCUCAGUGCCCCAAGGCAGCUGUUAUUUUUCUGGGCCGUUUGCUUUCACACAAGGAGGCAGCUCUGGAAUAUUUAAGUAGUGGGUGCGCUGGCUGUUUCAAUUUCAUAAGUAAGUGCUUUGGUUUCCUGCUGAUGCCGCGGGGGCACGCUGUGGAGGAGACUUUCUUGUCCUGUGUUCCCAGGGGUCUCUCUGCUGUAUUGGUCAUAAUUGUGCUCAGUGGUAAGGGGCUGAGGCCAUUUUCUGAGUAUCUUAGAGAAAUAUUUGUGCUGUGGAUGAAUUGCUUCACUGCACACAGUGACUCAAACCAUCGUUCUCCCUCCUCCAGUGCCCCCAACCCUGUGCCUCUGUUGUCACCUUCUUCUACCAAAGGUUCCUCACUCUGACAGAUACGGCAGUGAAAUUCCUCUUUCCCCGCAGGGAUAUGGGGUCCAGUGGAGAGGAGAGGUGUCUGAAUUGCAUGAGUUGCACAGUGACUAUCAGCAUUUUAGGCCACCUAAUCUAACUGCAUAUGGAAUUUUGAAAUAAAUAUGUCAUCAGAUAAA